AUGUCAAUCCAUUCAUUAGAUAAAAUUAAUAAAGUAAUUUUAAGUAAAAACAUUAAUGAAUAUAUUAAUAUUGUUGGUGACGAAGUUAAAGAGAAUUUAGAAGAAUUAAAAAGAAUUGAUAAAGAAAUUGGAGAAAAAGAAAUUGAAUAUCAAAUUGAAUGUUUAAAAAUUGAACAAGAAAAUGAAAAAGAUCUUAAAGAAAUUCUUGAAAUUAGAAGAGCAAUUAUUAAUGGAAUAAAUUAUAACCAAAAUAAAGAAAUAAAAAGUUGUGGAAUUCCUAAUUUUUGGAUUGAAGUAUUUAAUGAAGUUGGAUUAAUAGGAAAUUUAGAAGUAAGUAAAGAAGAAAUUGAAAUACUUCAAUCAUUAAUUGACAUUGAAAAACAUAUUAAAGAAAUAAAAAAAAUUGAAGGAAAAGAAGAAAUUUAUGUAAAUAUUCAUUAUAAAUUUAUCUUUAAACAAAAUCAAUUUAUUUCUAAUUUAAUAUUUGAAUUUGAAUUAGAACAUUGUAUUAAUCGUUAUGGUAUUAUUAUUGAUGAAACUAGAAAUUAUAUCCCAUUAAAUCAAUUUAAAUGGAAAAAACAAAUUAAUGAAAAAAGAAUGUUUAAUCUUCUUGAAAAUGGUGGAAAAAAUCUUCAUUUUUAUUUACAAGAUGCAUUAAAUAAUAUUAAUUUUAUUGCAAUUGAUUUGUUUUUUGGAAUUAAUACACAAAAUCUUUUUCUUGAUUCAUUUAGUAUUAGUGAUAAUGAAUCUGAAAAUAAAAGUAUUAAUGAUGAUGAUGAAUGUGUUGAUUAUUCAUCUCAUCUUUAA